AUGGUCUUCCAGCAGUGGAACGGAAUCAAUGCCAUCAACUAUUACGCGCCAUUUAUCUUCAGGGGCAUCGGACUGACAGGCAACACUAUCGAUCUUCUUGCGACCGGUGUUGUAGGUAUCAUGGAGUUUGUCUUCACGAUUCCCGCUGUCCUUUGGGUAGACAAGUUCGGACGAAAGAGCAUUCUCAUCGCCGGUGCUAUCGGCAUGGCCUCUUGCCACUUCAUCGUCGCCGGUAUCAUCGGAGCUUUCAAGGAUGACUUUGCCACACACAAGUCCGCUGCUUGGGCUGGAGUUGUCUUUGUCUGGAUUUACUGCAUCAACUUUGGCUACUCCUGGGGUCCGGUGGCUUGGAUUGUCGUCUCCGAGGUCUUCCCGCUAUCCAUGCGUGCCAAGGGUGUUGCGCUUGGUGGCAGUAGCAACUGGCUGAACAACUUCGCCGUUGGAAUGGCAACCUCACCAUUCAUCUCCAAGACUCAAUUUGGCGCCUUUAUUUUCUUCGGUGUCAUUACCCUUAUCGGUGCAUUCUGGGUAUAUUUCUUUGUUCCCGAGACUAAGGGUCGUACUCUGGAGGAGAUGGACGAGCUGUUCGGUUCUACCGGUUUGGCCGCUGCCGAUGAUGAGCGCAAGCGUCGCAUUGAGCGAGAAAUCGGUCUAUUGGCACUCCUUGGAGAAGACGCCUCCGGUGUCGAGGAGUCUAAGACCACAUCCGAGGUUGCGAUCGACAGUGCUAACAAGCAUGUGGAGGCGACGGAUCUUCCUACUGAGAAGGCUUAA